CAACAACACAUGAUAAUGCAAAUAAAUACAAGACGUGCAAACUGCAAGUUAUAACAUAUUUAUUUGUUUUAUAUAAGCAUACCAUUAGACCAAUAUUUUGAACAAGUGUAUUAGCUCCUAAAAUGGAAUUCCCUGAUCUCGGUGAACACUGCCAGUAUGAGAACUGCAACCAGACUGAUUUUUUACCGCUUCAGUGUAAAUGUGGAAAGAUAUUUUGUAGAGUACACUUUAACGACCAUUGCCUUUCGGGUCUGUGUGAAUUGGCGCCAAAACCACGCAAUAUAGUUCCUAGCAAUGACGAAAUAUACAGAUGCUCACAGAAUGGAUGCAGGAAGGGUAACCUUCAUGAGAUGCUGUGUAAUAAAUGCAAAAAGCAUUAUUGUAUAGAACACAGGUUUCAUCCGUCAUGUCCAGAGAUAGAUGAUGAAACAAUGGCCUUCAAAAUUGAGCAGCUUGAAGCACCUAGAAGGCAAUUUCGUGAAGCUAAUAAACAUUUACAGGAGAAGAUCACAGAAAAUAUUAGGAAAGCGUUACAAUCAACAGCAAAAGUGAAGACAGCAUCAAAAAUUCAUCUUAUGAGGAUAAAACAGAAGGCGAUUGGGCCAAAAAGUGUGCCACCAAAAGACAGGACAUAUUUUGCAAUCAAAAAACCAGCGAAUAGUGAUCCAAAAGCAGUUAAAAUUGUACAUGACUUAGAAAAUAUAACACAAAUAGAGUCAAUUGCUUUGGAUCCAGAUUUGAAGGACACCAUACCUGUAUUUAUUAGUUCUAAUUGGAGUCUAGGUAGAGCUAUAGACAGUAUAUGCGAAUCAUGUGAUAUAAAAAACGAAAACAAUAAAAUUGGAUCAACAAAGCUCAGAUUAUUCCGGCAACUGGAUGGUUAUUGUAUAAGUCCCGGAAAAAUGGAUGUGGAAAUUCAGGAAUUGAUGAAAAAAGAGGUUUUGUUGGAAGGCGAUAAACUGGUUAUGGAGUAUGUAAGCACAGAGGUGUUGAGUACUAUUGAAGAUGGACAGUUGUUUUUAUGUUAAGAAUUAAUGAAAUAAAUUCGUAUAAUUAUA